AUGAGUUGGAACGGAUUCAAAAAAGCAAUCAACAGAGCAGGCACUUCAGUAAUGAUGAAGACCGGCCACGUUGAACGAACAGUCGAUAAGGAGUUUGAAAUUGAAGAACGACGAUACAGAACCAUGGAAACAGCAUGUAACAAACUGCAAAAGGAAGCCAAGGGGUACCUUGAUUCUCUGCGUGCCAUGACAGCUUCUCAAACCCGCAUUGCGGAAACCAUUGACGCCUUUUACGGUGAUGCGGGAACACGCGAUGGCGUCAGCAAGUACUACCUGCAGGCAGUACAAGAACUUGACAGCGAAACGGUUAAGGCACUUGACGGUCCAUUCCGAGAAACAGUGCUGGAACCCAUCACACGAUUCUGUGCGUAUUUCCAGGACAUUAACGAAGCAAUCAAGAAGCGUAACCAUAAAAUGAUGGAUUACGAUGCACUGCGUUCUAAGGUCAAACGUCUGACAGAAAAACCAAGCGAUGACGUUACAAAACUGCCGAGGCUGGAAAAGGACCUUGCAUUUUCAAAGGAAGUUUACGACCAACUUAACAACCAACUCUCGGAUGAACUUCCCAAGCUUAUUGACCUCCGUGUGCCUUACCUCGAUCCCUCAUUUGAAGCUCUUGUCAAGAUUCAACUCCGUUUCUGUACCGAAUCUUACACCCGCCUGGCCCAGGUCCAGCAGUACUUGGAUGCCAGUACGCGUGAAGAGUAUGCUACAGGUGCACUAGAUAAUCGUGUGGAGGAGGUGCUCCAGAGCAUGAAGGAACUGUCAAUCACGUCACUGGGUAACGUUAAUUGA